AUGAGUGACUUCGCAGGGGCUGACGCGCUGUCAUUGGCUCAACUCAAAGACAUAAUCGAGGUACGUUUUGCCGUUUAUACAAUACUGGUUAAAUUCGGGACACUGUGAGAACUUUUCGAAGAAUAAGAAAAAAUGUGGCGGUCCAACAUAAUAGAACUGGGCAGAAUAGAACCGCGACAUAAUAGAACUGCGCAGAAUAGAACCGCGACAUAAUGAGAGAGAGAGAGUUCGACUUCUUGCAUAGCAAUAAUGUCGGAUAGAGGAAGAGAGAGAGUUCAACGCAUAGCAUUAACGUCGGAGAGAGGAAGAGAGAGAGUUCGACUUCUUGCAUAGCAAUAAUGUCGGAGAGAGGAAGAGAGAGAGUUCAACGCAUAGCAUUAACGUCGGAGAGAGGAAGAGAGAGAGUUCGACUUCUUGCAUAGCAAUAAUGUCGGAGAGAGGAAGAGAGAGACACUUAAGCGAAAAAAGUUUCGAGAUAGACAUAACUAACGUUGUACUCGGUUUAUAUUGUGACAGUGAAAUCACGCCCCCUCGGCCAGGCCCUAAGCUGUGCUUCACCGCCACCACGCCCCUUUAGGUGACAAUCAAAAAGAUGGAGGAGGCGGGACCGCAAAAAUUUCAAAUAAGGCAGAUGUACUUUGGUACUAUAGUACAUCCAUUAAAAAUGUAUCACACAUAGCUGAGCUCAGCGAACCGUAGGCUUAGUCAUUCACAACAUUUUCAUGCAUUUCUACAAUAAUCGGAAACGGCGGUCCAACAUAAUAGAAUUGGGCAGAAUAGAACCGCGACAAAAUAGAACUGCGCAGAAUAGAACUGGGCAGAAUAGAACCGCAACAUAAUAGCACUGCGCAGAAUAAAACCGCGACACAAUAGAACUGCGACAUAAUAGAACUGCUUUUGUGAUUUAUAUGAACUUUCGCAAAAUUUUCUCUCGAACAAUUUAGCAAAAGAUUUAGCAAAAGAUUUAAAGGACCAGGGAACCCAAAAAUUUUUUGAUUUUUUUGUGAAAUGUUUUUGUGACUGUUUGAAUUGUCUCUUAUUGCCUCAUACACUGGUGAAAUGCUGCCUCUCAAAAAUGCCAAUGAACGAAACGGCAUGCAGUUGAAGUUGUGGCCGUGGCCUAGCGCCAAUGGCCGAAAAAUAUAUAAAAAUAAAUGCGCUUCUCGGCCAUUUUAUUUUUUCCGGUUUUUUACCGGUUUUUUUCCAAAAAUUCACGGUUUCUCCCAUUUUGGCACUUCAUAUCGACUGAAUGAAAACAAUUUUUUAGCAGUGAAAAAAUAAGUAAGUGCCGAACAAAUGUCAAUCAGCUGAAAAAUGGGAGAAACCGUUAAUUUUUGGAAAAAAACCGGUAAAAAACCGGAAAAAAUAAAAUGGCCGAGAAGCGCAUUUAUUUUUAUAUAUAGUGCGUUGCAAGUUUAUAAGGCCACCCCCAUUAGUCGCUGCAACGUGGCGCUCGAAAAUAUUUCCGACCCGGCGACUUCAAAAUCGGAUUCAGGGCACAAAGUUACGUAUGUUUGGUGAUUUUCGCGAUGAUACCUUGAAAACUGUCCGAACUACCUCGAUAAAACUAAAAAUCGGCUUUUUGCAACCGUUGCAAGUUUAUAAGGCCACCCCAGGGGAUAGGGGUUUUCGCUAAUCUGGUAAACUCCUAUGAGCACAAAUGAAGUUAAGCACCUCUAAAAAGACGUUUUAAAACUGUUUUUGUCAUUCAGACGGUUUAGGUUUUUUCGUAGGACAUGCCAGGGGGCACUUUCCCUACGGAUUCCAAAAAAGUCUUAACACAGCCAUUCAAAACGGUUGGAUGGCCUAACCGAGGGUUCAGUUGUUGUCUAAAGUGAUUCAAAUCCAUUUCGUGACUAGUCGAAACUCAAAAAAGAAUUUUUGGAAGACCGGGCAGACAUUGAAACUGAAUGUUUGUGCCAAAAUGUUCGCCAUCCCUGUCGUCAAACUCAAAUAACGGCAUUGAUUGAGACCAAAUAAACUACGGGAGGGUCUCAGAUGAUUCUAGAGGACUUCAGAUCAGUGCAACAAGUUUAUCUGAAUGCAUUUUGUAAAUAUCCAAUCGAGGAGAAAGCGUUCAAAACCAUAAGGCUUCGUUGUCCAAAGGUUCUCUUUGAGAAGACGAAGCGGUCAGUGCGGAUGUCGUGCCAGUAUCACUUCCAUUCCUCCAGACCGUUCAAAUUGACCAUAUUUUCAGCAGAAGGCAUGAUUUCACCGGAAAACAUGUUUCUGGACAAACAAAAUCGAUCAUAACCGCCGAUCCCUCAUUGGCCGACAUGUUGCCACGGACGCAUUCGAUGCGAUGUGACUUGUGGCAAUGCACGGAAUGCACGGAGAGGGCCACAUGGUCUCAGAAACAUUGUUAGGGCACUCCUCAACAGUUUCCCAAACCAUACACUUUCUAAAUCCAUGGUCCAGCUCCUGUUCCAUGCCGUUUCAGGACUUCUUCGCAGUUGAAACGGCACGGAUGAGGAACCUUUUGGCAUGAGAAACCCGUUUCCGGCUUUUCUAAGAUGUUCUUUUAGGCUGGACUGAUCACAAAAUGUAUUUGAAGCACUUUAGAUGACAACUGGUCUCUUGGUUCGACCAUCCAGCCGUUUUGAAUGGCUGUGUUAAGAGUUUUUCGGAAUCCUGGGGAAAGUUCCAUGUGGCAUUUCUUACGAAAAAACCUAAAGCGUCUGAAUGACAAAAACAGCUUUAAAACGUCUUUUUAGAGGUGCUUAACUUCAUUUGUGCUCAUAGGAGUUUACCAGAUUAGCGAAAACCCCUAUCCCCUGGGGUGGCCUUAUAAACUUGCAACGGUUGCAAAAAGCCGAUUUUCAGUUUUUUCGAGGUAGUUCGGACAGUUUUCAAGGUAUCAUCACGAAAAUCAUCAAACAUACGUAACUUUGUGCCCUGAAUCCGAUUUUGAAGUCGCCGGGUCGUAAAAAUUUUCGAGCGCCACGUGGCAGUGCCAAACGGGGGUGGCCUUAUAAACUUGCACCGCACUGUAUUUUUCGGCCAUUGGCGCUAGGCCACGGCCACAACUUCAACUGCAUGCCGUUUCGUUCAUUGGCAUUUUUGAGAGGCAGCAUUUCACCAGAGUAUGAGGCAAUAAGAGACAAUUCAAACAGUCACAAAAACAUUUCACAAAAAAAUCAAAAAAUUUUUGGGUUCCCUGGUCCUUUAAAAGGCGCUCCAAACAGUUAUUUUGUCGCCGGUUCUAUUCUGCCCGGUUCUAUUCUGCCCAGUUCUAUUCUGCCCAGUUCUAUUCUGCCCAGUUCUAUUAUGUUGGACCGCCAACAAUGUUAUUCGUAGUGGAGGCCCUCAAUUCCUAGUUUUUUCUGGGCAGGGUUGUGGUCCUUGAAGACAUUUCGGUUUCUGUAAAUACUACGUUGAGCGCUUCAAUACCAUUUUUGAUCAGUUUGAAUUAAUUGUGAAUUUUACAGCUUGCAAACUUUAUCAAUUCCAAGACGUUUCUCAAAGUUAUGGGCUUUGCAAUUGCGGACCGCAUCAAGGACAUGAGCGUAGAAGCGAUCGCGGAAUACAUGGUCCUGGAAAUGGGUGAUAAGCCGACCUACGACGAAGAUGCUGAUUGCGUUCACCCCUCAACUUCGGAGCUCUAA